AUGGACGACAUCAUCGUCAUCGACGAACCUGAAGGAGUGUUUCCGUCGCUCGGCGAGCCCGGCGAACCAGGACAUUCCAGCAGGCGCAGCGGCCGUGGUGGGCGCGGUGGCCGUGGCGGCCGUGGGAUCGGCCACCACGGCGGGCACGGUGGUGCUGGCGGGCAUGGCGGGCUUGGAGUUCGCGACGCACGUGGCGGACGUGGCGGACGCGGUGGCGCUGGCGGCCGUGGCGGAUUGCUCAGCGGGGACGGAGGGACGGAGGGCAAGGAGGGCCCGGCGGAUACGGAAUGCUCGGCGGCGCGGGCGGGCCCGGCGGGUACGGAUCGAGCGGCGGGGACGGAGGGCCCCCCGCCUGGCCCGGCGGUGUGGGAGGACGCGGCGGGGACGGAGGUGGCGGCGGCCCGCCUGGGCCACCUAAACGGCGUCGGCGAGCCAGGCGCGGAAGCAGUCGCACAACGUUUCGGCCUCUGGAUCAGCCUCCGCACCACCAGCAUGACCUCAUGCUGUGUUAAUUAA